GGCUGUGGGGGCGCUUCCCCCUGCCCAGCAAGGAGCCCGGACGCCUGGCUGAGAGGCAGGCGGUGUCGGUGGCUCUGCGCCCUGCAGAGGAGCGGGGAAGGCGGGGAGGAGCUGCAGUCUUCAGCCAGGACGCGGGAGAGGAAAUGAACGCGGAGCUACUAAUGCCCGGCGGAGGCAGGCGCGAGAGUGGUGACCAUGGCAAUUGACUGGAUUGGGUUUGGUUAUGCGAUAGUGGUGGCUCUUGGCGGUGUUGUAGGAUAUACUCGCAAAGGAAGUAUAGUCUCUUUGGUUGCUGGUCUCUUCUUUGGUUUGAUGUCUGGUUAUGGAGCAUAUUGUGUAACACAUGACUCCAGAGAUGUGAAGAUAUCAUUUUUUUCAGCUUUUAUACUGACCAUUGUAAUGGGAAUGAGGUUCAAGAGGUCCAAGAAACUAAUUCCAGGUGGUCUAAUAGCUGGUUUAAGCCUUUUGAUGAUUUUGAGAUUGGUUUUUCUGCUGCUGUAAGAGACAACAGCAACUAAGGACUGAAGUACGAAUAUCAUUUCCCUUCAACAAGCAGACAAGCUCUUUGUACUUGAAGUAUGUCUGUCUUUUUUUUUUCUUCCACUGUAAAAGUUAACAAAUACAUCUGAAAUUUAAUUCCUCAAAGUUCUUUGAUAUGUUGAAAGCUUUUUUAAUUAAACAAGAAGGUUUUUGAUAGUUUCUUUCUUGUAUCAUUGUUUUCAUUUAAGCAAUUUAUUGUCUGGAUUUUUUCCCCCCAGAGGUGCUGAGGGGGCAUAGCACCACUAAGAAAUCAGUGGAUGUUAGAAAUGUUCUGCACCUUUGAAACUCGAGCUGCGUGUGGAUGUGUCACUAAACUAAAAAGGGGAUAGCAUUAAACCAUAAUCUUUAAGCGUCUAAUAUCAGGUAAUCAAUAGAAGCUCGAUGUAACAUGCAAACUAAAGUCUUGUCAGUACUGAUCAUGUAAUGCGCUACACUUUAUCAAAAUCACUAACAGAUGAGGGUAUGUGCUUGUGCUCCAUAUUGCACUAAAAUAUAUUUUGUUUCUAAACAUGUAAAUAUCUCCUUCCAGGAGCUAGAGAAUGUAUAAAUUGUUACCAGUAAUCAAAUAAAAGAUGGAACAUAUUAA